UUUCAAAGCUCAAAUGCUGUAGACACUCAUGAAAACCCUAGCCGUAUCUCACCACCGACCGGUUAUCUCCGGCUCCGAUCACCGCUCCUCCAUUUUCUCCGGUCACCGGGCCACUUCGCUCUCUUUCUCUAGCUCCCCUGUUGCGGCUGCUCGACUUCGGAUUCUCAAAUGCUCCGCUGCUGUUUCUCCUCCUUCAUUAGUUUGUGUAGUGGACGAUUCAGUGAAGUUCAAGGAGGCUGCCAAGGAUGGGAAUUUGAUCCCCCUCUACAGGUCUAUAUUCUCCGAUCACUUAACUCCGGUCCUUGCUUACCGCUGUCUAGUGAAGGAAGAUGAUAGGGAAGCUCCGAGCUUCUUGUUCGAGUCUGUAGAGCCUGGUUUGAAAGCUUCUAAUGUUGGUCGAUACAGUGUGAUUGGGGCCCAGCCGACAAUGGAAAUUGUUGCAAAAGAGAACAUGGUGACAAUUAUGGAUCACCUUGAAGGAAGCAGAACGGAGGAAUUUGAGGAAGAUCCCAUGAGCAUUCCUCGUAGGAUUAUGGAAAAAUGGAAACCUCAAUGCAUAAAUGAGCUUCCUGAAGCAUUUUGUGGAGGUUGGGUUGGUUUUUUCUCAUAUGACACUGUGCGUUACGUAGAGAAAAAGAAGCUACCUUUCUCAAAUGCUCCAAUGGAUGAUAGGAACCUUCCCGAUCUUCAUCUAGGCCUUUAUGAUGAUGUAAUUGUGUUUGAUCAUGUGGAAAAGAAAGCAUUUGUCAUACAUUGGGUGCGGUUAGAUCGAUUUGCUUCAGUAGAGGAGGCCUACAAUGAUGGUACAACCAGAUUAGAAGCAUUGUUGUCUAGAGUACAUGAUAUUGUACCUCCUACGCUGGCUUCAGGGUCGAUAAAACUUCAUACUAGCCAUUUUGGUACUUCAUUGAAAAAGUCAAAUAUGACAAGCGAAGACUACCAGAAGGCUGUUUUAAAGGCCAAGGAACAUAUCCUUGCUGGGGACAUUUUCCAAAUUGUUCUUAGCCAACGUUUUGAAAGACGAACAUUUGCAGAUCCAUUUGAAGUAUACAGAGCACUAAGAAUCGUAAAUCCAAGUCCUUAUAUGACUUAUCUACAGGCUCGGGGGUGUAUACUAGUUGCUUCUAGUCCAGAAAUUCUUACUCGAGUGAAGAAGAGAACAGUUACCAAUCGGCCUCUAGCAGGGACUAUUAGAAGAGGUAAGACACUUGAGGAAGAUUAUAUGUUGGAAAAUCAACUUUUGCACGACGAGAAACAGCGUGCAGAGCAUAUAAUGCUGGUUGACUUGGGAAGAAAUGAUGUUGGAAAGGUCUCUAAGCCUGGUUCGGUGAAAGUUGAGAAACUAAUGAACAUUGAACGGUAUUCCCAUGUCAUGCACAUCAGCUCCACGGUUACUGGAGAGCUACUGGACCAUUUGAGUAGCUGGGAUGCUCUGCGUGCAGCCCUGCCUGUUGGAACCGUUAGUGGAGCGCCCAAGGUGAAAGCCAUGGAGCUAAUUGAUCAGCUGGAAGUCACAAGGCGUGGACCAUACAGCGGUGGAUUUGGAGGCAUUUCCUUUACAGGAGAAAUGGACAUUGCCUUAGCUUUGAGAACCAUUGUAUUUCCAACUGGAACGCGUUACGACACUAUGUACUCGUACAAGGAUGUCGAUAAGCGACGAGAUUGGAUUGCUUAUCUCCAAGCUGGAGCAGGUAUAGUGGCUGAUAGUGACCCCGCGGAUGAGCAAAAUGAAUGCGAAAAUAAAGCUGCAGCUCUUGUCCGUGCCAUUGAUCUUGCAGAGUCCUCAUUUGUUGACAAAUAAUAGAUGCAGUCCUAGUGUCGGAUUUUGUUUCGUCAAUUUUUUUGUUUCUCGAUGGAUGUAGAGAAGUUUGUUUUUGAUCUGAAUAGUCAGUUAUGUUGGGAAGUGACUGAAAAUCCCCCCAAUGUCAUAAUUGUUGC